AUGGCUGCACCUGCUCUCGAUGCCUACGGAGUCUUCAUCACCGUUUUAAUGGAAAGCAUUAAUCGGCGCCGAGGAGGAGAGGGAGGAGGGUGGAAGCAAAUAGAAUUUCGAUGUGGAAAUUUACAAGCUCUUGGACGCGAACCCACCGACAUCACAUACAAUUGUGAGAUGACAAUUGAGGAGAUAUCGAAGUCUUCCAAACGGCACAAAGAAUUGCCGAAGUUUAGUGAAGACGGUCAGGCCACUGGAAAAGGCAGCCAAUCCUCAGGUCAAAAGCGGCGAGCCAAAUUUACGGAACAGAGUAAUUCACAAGUUGACGCUUCCAAAUCUCCGAAGAAGCGGAAAAAGUCUCUGGAAGUUGCAACAGACUCAGUUCAGGAGGGGCAAGAGGUUUUAAAGUGGAGGCCGAAAGCUGAGAGUGCCUUUGAAGAGCCAAAGAAAAUAUCCGCGGUGGUAGGAAAGCUCAAAUUGCCAAAAAAGUCGGUGAAAUUCGCUGAUGAAUUGGUCACUUCAAACAGUCAAUCUAAGCACAAACCGAUAGUUUCAAUCUUGAAGGUGUCGUCUCCCUUUACAAAGGCCUUGAGUGAAAGUUCAGUUGAUCCUCCUUCUGUAGAAGUCGAAAAGACGAAUGACGCAGAUGUAAAGGGUGCCAAAACGAAGUCAAAAAAGCCUAGAAAAUCAAAAAACGCUCUCAAACGCAUUAAGUGGGUGAAACGACAUCGCAAGAAAAUCCUCUCCAGGCGCAAAAGACGCGCCAACCGGGAGUUGGCUCGCUCUCGACCUCAACGCGAUGUACAACAGCAUUUGGCAGAGGCGGUGGAGUAUUUAAACGCCUGGUACUCAAGUCCAGAGACGUGGAAAUACAAGAAGGUCGCACAAUUAACUCUCAUCAAGCAUGCCUUCAAUCCCGCUCUUGUGAGUUUUCCUUAG